AUUGAUGUUCUCUAGAUCAACAAGUCUUUUCUUAAAAAGAAGACUAGUUAGCAAUCUUUCAAUGGCCCCUUCAAGAACCAUGGUCAACAAAAUUUUGCCAAGUGCUGCUGAAGCUGUAAAGGAUAUUCCAGAUGGAGCUACACUUUCAGUAGGCGGAUUUGGACAGUGUGGUUUACCAGAAAACCUCAUCCAGGCCUUAGAGGAACAUGGAGCCAAAGAUCUUACUUGUAUCUCAAACAAUGCUGGAGUUAGUGAUUUCGGAAUUGGAAAACUCAUGGGUAAGAGACAAGUAAAGAAAAUGAUAUCUUCAUACGUCGGAGAGAACCAAAGGUUCAAAGACCAAUAUCUUGAUGGAACUAUUGAAUUGGAAUUAGUGCCUCAAGGAACCCUUGCAGAAAAACUUAGAGCAGGAGGUGCUGGCAUUCCUGCCUUCUACACUCCAACUGGAGUUGGAAGUGCAGUAGCUGACGGAGGAGCCACUAUCAAGUAUAAGCCAGGCACUAAGGAAGCAGAGAUCCUCUCUGAGCCAAAGGAAGAGAGAAUCUUUAAGGGAAGGAAGUAUAUUUUAGAAGAAUCUUUGACUGCUGACUUUGCUCUUGUUAAGGCAUGGAAGGCAGACAAGGCAGGAAAUGUCAUCUUCAAUAAAUCAGCAAGGAACUUCAAUGCUGAUUGUGCUAAGGCAGGAAAGAUUUGCAUCGUGGAAGUUGAAGAAAUCGUAGAAAUUGAUUCUUUUGACCCAGACCAUGUCCAUCUUCCACAUAUCUAUGUUCAGAGAUUAAUUAAAGGAGAUAAUUACGUCAAACCUAUUGAAAUUUUGACAUAUUCUAACCCGGGAGAAACAGGAGCUUCUAGUUCGAUCUUCCAAGGGGAAGCAGGAGAGAGAAGGAAGAGAAUCGCUAUGAAAGCAGCUUCCUUAAUCCAAGAUGGAAUGUACAUUAAUUUGGGAAUCGGCAUCCCUACUCUUGCAACUAAUUUCAUUGCUCCUGACGUUCACGUCACUUUCCAGAGUGAGAAUGGUAUCUUAGGACUCGGAGAGUUCCCUCCAAAAGACAAAGUAGAUGCUGACCUAAUCAACGCUGGGAAACAGAGCGUUUCAGUAGUCCCAGGGGCUUCCUUCUUCACUUCUUCAGACUCAUUUGCAAUGAUUAGAGGAGGACAUGUCGAUAUCACUUUCUUAGGAGGAAUGCAAGUAGCCGAAAAUGGAGAUCUUGCCAACUGGAUCAUCCCAGGAUCCCUUAUCAAAGGAAUGGGAGGAGCAAUGGACCUUGUUGGAGGAGCCAAGAAGGUAGUUAUCAUGAUGGAGCACACUGUGAAAGGAAAAGAGCUAAAAAUCCUGAAAGAAUGCACACUCCCAUUAACAAGACCUCAAGUCGUUGAUACAUUGAUCACAGAUCUAGCAACAUUCCAAUGGAAGGAGGGAAAGAUGAUCUUAACAGACAUCGCUGAAGUGACAACUGUUGAUCAUGUAAGAAGUGUCACAGAGGCUUCAUUUGAAGUGGCAGACGAUUUGGGCAGAUACUAAAUUUCAGCAUAUUAGUCCUAUCAAUGUUAAAAUCUAUUA